AUGGCCACACCAACAACAAUAGAAGACGCAUCCACAGUCGGUGUCGCCUCCCAAACUAUGAACCUCACAGACCGCACGGCGAAUCGCCAGCGUGCCUCGUCCAUUCAAUCCGACUCCGACCCAACCUCCUCCUCUGGAUCAUCCUCCGAGGAAGACAGCGACUCCGACGACGAAGACGAACACCAUUCAGACCAUGAAAUGAACGGGACCAAAGAAUCGACUACACAGCAAACCGCCGACAGUAUACCUCAGAUCGGUGGACGCCCUAAACCGCGCAUACAUCGCUUCAAAGGCGACUCGGACAUUAUGUCGCGGCUGAAUGCUUUCUUGCCGCAAAUGAAGACCGCCAAUGAAGAUCUGCAGAAACAGAUUGAUGCUGGAAAUGCUGGUGAUUUGGUUCUUGAUAAUGCGGAUGGUAAUGGGGAGCGGUAUAUUGAAAUGGAUCUUGGCCUUGGAGUUUUGGAAGAAAAGCGCGAUGGCGAUUCCAGUGAUGAGAGUGACGAUGAAGAGACCAAAGAUGAGCACGACGAGUCGGAUAUUAUUGGGAAGCUCAUGGGUGGGAAGCCCAAUAAACAGGAGAAUGAUAAGCCAUCGAUUCAAGAGAUGGCAGAGUAG